UGUUAACCCAAACAUAAUAUAAUAAAACUAAAUGCAAAACAUUUUAAAUAAAAACUUUUAAUUAAUAAUUAACUAUUUAAUAAUUUGAUAUUUAGUUUUAUAAGUUUUAUAUCAAGUUUUUACAUCACGUGAUUCACACGUUUUUUAAUUACUCGUAAAGUUUUUAAAAACUGAAACUUUUUUUAAUGCAAUCAUAAGAAACUCAUAAGUAAUCAAAUCAUAUGUCAUUAUAUAUGUAAUUCAAACGUUAAAUUGAUUACAACUAUUACACUAAUAAUCUCAUAACCCAUACCUAUCAGUAAUAACUGUUUCCGAAAUUUGGUUACUUAUUCAUACAUUGAUUACCCCAUUAUCUCAUUAUUGAAAAUCUUGAUUGACUCAGUCAAUGGCUCCAAACAAUCUAAGACACCGGUAUAACAGUAUUGAAUACAUGCCACACACAGGUCGGGACACACCAUCACCUACUAAUCCCUUAUCGGUUGACCGUCUCUACGAAAUUGCCCGACAAUUGGCCGAAAUGGAGUUGACGGGCAACGCUUAUGUCGACAAAUGUGUUUCACUAUUGGACACCAACUUCGAUGUGAAUCGCAUGUACUCUGAACUGGACAACUGUCCUCAGGACAAGAAUUACUGCGAAGUGGUAUCAGUUCCGUCAUCCACACACGUGGCUCAGAUAGUCGGCAAACAAGGAUCAAAAAUUAAGUUAUUGAGAGCUAAAUCGCGGACAUAUAUCCAGACGCCGGUUACGGGUGAAGAACCGGUAUUUAUCAUUACUGGUCGUCGCGAAGAUGUCCUCAAAGUCAAGACUGAGAUACUGUCAGCUUCUGAACACUUCACGUUUGUCAGCGAAGAGAGAAAAUUGAAGUUCAAAAGAAACUCUGAUAUUCCCGGCUCUGUUUCACUGAAUCUACUCAUCCCMUCAUCGCUUAUCGGUUUGAUUGUUGGCCGCAAUGGUAAUACCAUACGAAAUAUCCAGAAGCUGACAGAAACAUAUAUUGAAACACCGAAAAUGGUGGACAAUUCGUCGUCGUUUAGGAUAACUGGCCUCGGAUCAAAUGUCGAGACCGCCAAACAAUGUAUUAUCGAUCACGUAAUGUCCAAAACUAACCACAAUUUUAGUAUUGAGAUACUGUUCAACGGUGAUCACAAAUUGAUUGCAUUAAAUUGAAAUAAUUUUGAUUUGUUUGGUCAGCAGUGAAACGUUAUAUUAAUUAUUACAAAUAUUUAGUCAAAAGCAGUGAUUAUCGUACAAAUUGCGUCUAUUAUUACGAGUCAUUAUUUCUAUUAUUUCUUUUUUUUUGAAUUUUUUAAACUAAUCAUAUGAUAUAAAGUUUCUUAUAAUUGAAUGUUAAGUUUUUAUCGAUCUUAAAAUUAUAGAUAGAUUAUAAAAAUAAUAGUAAGAUUUUAAUUUGAUCAUUGAAAUGGUCAUAAUGAUUGACGUAAUGUUUGAUAUUAUAUAAUAAUUAUUUUUUCUAUGACA